UACGGACCGUACUAAGGCGCGUAUCAUUUUGCUGCUGUUUAUCCGUUCCUAUUCCCUUUCUCUCUCACGCUUACUUAACUCAUAAAUAUUCUGUCCUUGCCUUAAUAUAUUCUUUUUUCCUAUUCUAUUUUUCCACUUUUCCACGUUCGCACACUACUUUAUCGUAAACUUACGAUCUAUCUCGUGCGUGAAAUUUCAUCGAUCACAUUUUUUUGCUCAUUCCCCUUUCUAUCACUCUCAUUCUCUCUCUCUCUCUCUCUCUCUCUCUCUCUCUCUCUCUCUUUCCUUUUCUUUCUCUUUUUCUCUCUUUUUCUCAUUCUUUAUCUGUGUUUCAUCCAUUUUCUAUUAUGGAGUGUUCUAUGUGAACCGUGCUUUUGCGUUAUCGUGUUUCUUUCUAAUACAAGGUUGGAAAUCAGAUUUCGUGAUUUCUUUUACUUAAUUUUAAAGAAUUGAGUGCGUCAGAAAUGAGAAUGACACGGUGUUUUUGUAAAAGAGAUCAGAGGAAAACUUAACUGUGACGAGGGAAAAGAUUGAAAGUGAGGAAGAGAUAAGACGAGCAUCAUUCAUCUCUGUUUCUAUCUCAAUAGUGAAAGAACGAAAGGUGUCGAGUGCGCGUGGCGGAGUAGUUGAUAUUUCUUUCUCUCUCUCUCUCUCUCUCUCUUUCUCUUUCUCUUUCUCUCUCUCAUUUAUGUAUAUAUUAUUUCCCUUUUUUAUCCUUCUUCUUUUUUUCGACUUACAGAAGUAGUUAUAGGAUAUUUCAGUCAUAUCAGGCCUUCCUUCCCACGCUGUGAAAUGCGCUACGCAAAAAUACGAUCGAAGAGAAGACAGAAAGGAUCGAUGGUGUCCCGUGGACAUUCUGAAAUAUUAAUCAUUUAGUGCUUAUAAACGACGACGAAAUCGCUUGAAAGUUCGGAAUUAUUUUAAAUUCGAACGAAUCGGUGAAGAUAAUGAAGCAGAAGAGUUAGAAAAAAGAAAGUGGCAGAGGAGAAGAAAGAGAAGUGCAUCGAGAGAAAGAAAAACAAAUAUCGAGAAAAUAAUGUGACAGGCAAGUUGGGUCGAUGAGUCCAGGUGUUGUCCUGUGAUUCACUGUCAGUUUAGAAUGGAUCACGUGGAUCAAUCAAGUGCACGUACGGAGAAUAACGCGUCCUCGAACAUGUCUGUAGGUUCGCGAAUAACGAGGAAUUGUUCGCGAUGUCGAAAUCAUGGACAAAAAAUUGCCCAGAAGGGCCAUGGAAAAGAUUGUAAGUACCGCGAUUGCGUCUGUGAACGUUGUAAACUUUUUUCCGAUCGACGAAGCAUGAUGGCCCGGCAUAAUGAAAUGAGAAGAACUAUGGCUCAAGACGAGGAUUCAACAUCACUCUCCAUAGAUGGAUCCUCGCUUGGUUCAGGUCCGCAAUCGGUGAAGAAUCUCGAGGGAAGUUACGACAGCAGCAGUGGCGACUCACCAAUCAGCAAUCACGGAAGCAACGAAACUCAGGACGGGAACAGCGACGUUGCCGGAAUUGCUUCCUCAAAAAAGGCAGCGUCUUCAAAUCGUUCACCAGCCACAACGUCCUGGCCACAAUGGCAGGCCGGGGCGGAUUCAAAUGCAUCUUGGGACGCAUCCUCAACCUCGAACAGCGGCACCAAUUCACGUACGAAACCGACGUGCACACGUUGCCGUAAUCAUGAUGUUACUAGCAUUCUUAAGGGUCACAAGAGGUACUGCGACUUUAUUUACUGUCAUUGCCCCAAAUGCCGUAACACACUUAAGCGGCAAAAGCAAAUGGCAAAACAAACCGCACUUAAAAGGGCUCUUAUUCAAGACGAGGAACAGAUAAGAAAGUAUGGCAAGGCGGUCUCGAGAGAUCGUAAUCUCGUUAAUUUGCAGCUGGUGAUGCCAGCGAUGCCUCCAGUAGAAAACAAGCAUGUACCAACUGUUCCUCAACCAGCGUGGAACAUCGAAGGUAGUUACGGUGGCAUCAAUGGCGUACUUAAUACUCCAACUCCAAGAAAAUUGCCAGUCGUAGAUACGCACUUGCCUUCUUCGAUUCAUCAGAUUCAACCACAACCUAGCACCAACGUUGAAAUUGUAUUGGCACACAGUACGAAUCUCCUGCAACGAUUCCGAUAUCCUUGGGAUAUGUUAACACUAAUGUAUGUCACAGUGAAGUAUGCCGGUGCAAAUCUUGACGAGGCUCUCAGACGUAUCGAGGAAGUUAAACAUUGGAUACCGGACGUUUACUCAAUAUUAAUUAUAUAUAUAAAGAAAAAUUUUUUAUUACUCUUAUACAUUGCUUUUGUUAUAUGCACUUAUCAUUCAAAAAUUGACGAGAAUUUCGAACGCAACUUCAAUAACAUUAAUAAUAAUUUAUUUAUGACUUGUAAGAGGAAUUAUAUAGACUGUUUUAUUUAUAUUUAAUGACAUAGAAGGUGAAUAUAGAUUUUUCGAAACAAACAAACAAAAAACAAAAAACAAAAAACAAAAACAGUUAUAUGUUACUAAAUCAUUUUAUAUUGAAAUAAUUUAUAAUUUUUUUAGAAAAUUUUAGAAAAUAAUUUGUUAUUGUCCAUAUUAUCAUAAUAUAAAGCUGAUGAUAAUAUUACUAUUGUCGUUGAAGUUGGCAAAGUUUGGCAAAGUUUCAAGUAAAUUUAAUCACGUACGUUGGAUCAUAAAAAUAAACUAUCUUCGUGCGCACAAUGAUACUCUUCUCUUAACUUAUACCAAUUCUCAAAUUCGAGAGUGUAGUUUACGUAGAACGAUCGUCUAAAAAUAACAUUCCAUCGUGUACGUUAGCAAAUAUGUUGAUAUAUAUAUAUUUAUGAAAUGCAUCAAGAAGAAUAUAGUUAAAUCAUUAAAUUUUAUUGUUUUAAAAGUUGCAUUCCUAUUUUAAUAAAUAAACACACGAUGAUAUUUAAUUCAAUCUUAACAAUGUUAUUUACUCCUAUGUUAUACUGUUUGAGUAAAUUAAAAUCACUAACUCUCAUGAUGGAUAAUGAUUGUAUGCUCUAUCAAAAAAACAUUUAUCAAACUGUUAUUAAACAAUUCGCAUAGACUUGAUUCGCGAUCAUGGCAUAUCUUACGAUUGUAAAAAGCUAUUAUCUAAUACGUGAUGAACGAACUUUAUGCUUUUCUCUUUUUUUUUCUUUUUUUCUUUUUUUUUUUUUUCAUAUUUUUUCAUAUAUUUAUUUAUUACUAAUAGAAGAAGGAAAGCGUAAAAACGUUGGAAAAUAAACGGAGAUAUGAAUUCAUAAAGCGAUCAAGAUAAUAUUUUAUAUGAGUUACGUGAAGCGUAAUAUCAAAUGUUUAAUAUUAAAAGCCAACAGUCAUAUCAUUUGUGUUAGUUGAAACAUAGCAUUAGAUAUGUAAGCUUAUUUAUUGUACCGCGAACGAUUUUACAUAAUGUAUUUUACUACGUAGAUAUGUGUAGAUGUAUGAAAAUAUAUAAUAUAACGUAUUCAUAGUUUUACUUUAGUCGCUAAAUAUACAUUUCACGUAUAUAAAGUCAAUUCUAUAAAUUAGACUACAUCGUUUUCUAUUAGUUGGAAUAACAUAGACGAGUUUUAGAUCAAGGGAGGAUUUUUUAACGAAUAAUAAAUUUUAUCAUUUUUUACUAGUCACACAACGAAAGAACGAACAAACUUUUUAUAUACGUUUAUUUUUUUUUUUUUUUUUUUUUUUCUUUUUUUGAAAUACUUAUUUAUCACGCCGUUAUUGAAACUAAACAAUGAUUGAGUUAAGAAAGAGUAUCUCAUUUUGUUAUAAUACGUGAAGGAAAUUAAUUCGUGCCAACUUCAAUGUGAUUUGUAAUAUAUUCGAUUGAAAUGAGAAUUCAUAUGAAAUCCGACGUUCGGUCGAUGUGACAAAUGUCAAACGUUUAUGGAUAUUUAUGUCUUCUCUGGAAGAUCAGCAUUGAUUCAAGAAUCAAUCCACGAUCUCUUGAAAUUAUCAUCAUUGAAGAUACACGACGUUAUGAAGAUAAUAUUUUUUUUUUUUUUUUUUGGAAUUGUUUUUAUCGUUUUCUACAUAUUUUUAUUUAAUGUCAUUUGAUUCAUUGGAGUAUCCCUGCGUUUGAUUAAAAACGAUUUAUAAUAUAUUUACGUCCGUGAAUUUAAUAUAAUUACUUUUCAACACGUCAAGAUCAUGGAUGCCAAAACACAAGGAUUUUGACAUUGAGAUCAAGGUAUGAUCACAAUGCCGGUAUCUUUCUUUCUUUUUUUUUUUUUCUUUUUUUUAAUAAAGAUACGUAUUUUUACCUAACACUUAGAUUUCGAUCAGUAAGAUCCGCCCACUUGACCCUCGGCGAAAAAGCUUUGCUUUUUGCAAUUUUGAGAACCGAAUUAUUUAGUUCUCCGAACUCAUCUCUCUUUCUUUCAAAUGUGGAUAUAAAAACCACACCUCAUACUAAACUAUCAUCAUAAUAAUUUUAAAUCAUUACCAUUAUAUUCAUAACACUAAUUUCGUAUAACAGUUACGCGUUUGAAGCUUUAUAUAGAAAUUUCCUGGAAAAUUGUCGAUAAAAUCACUUCGAUCGUUUCGUUAAUUUUUAACAUUAAACUAUUUAUAGAAUGAAUAAAAUAAGUGUAUUUUGAAAAUUUCAAAGAAUCAAUUUGAAUUUUAAACUUUCCAUUAUGGUAAAAUAUUGGUAAAAUUUUUGAAGAUUUUUUAUUUAGUUAAUUUGUUAUUAUAAUGGAGAGAAGCUUACAUAAAACGUCGUGGUAAAUAUACCGUAUGUUUUAUUUUAAACAAAAUAAUCUCCGAUCAUUUUACAAACAAAUGUUUCAAAUAAAAAUUGCUAGGUUUUGUGGAAGAAAUCUAAUAUUUAUUGCAGCUAUUUCAUAGAGUUCAUACUCUUAUCUAGAUACGUAAAUCAUAACAAUUUUUUUAAAUGAAAAUAAAUAUUUUCAAAUAGAAUUAAACAAAGAAAAAUAACAAUAAUUGUAAGUAUAAAUUUACCUUUUGUUUUUUUUUAUUUUAUAAAUUUGCAUAUAAAAGCUAAAAUUUCAGUCAUCGAUUGGAAUGAUAGUAUUGCGAUAUUCAUUCUUGUUUUUUCAAAAGUCGAAGUAAACACACGUACCAAAUCUGAGUCAAGUAUAAUAAUUGUUAUAGGAUAUUUCUACGAUCAUUAAUGUUAUUACUGUUUCCAUCUUACUCUUUCCAGAGUAGCUAAAUGUUUGGUAUUGGAAAAUAGCCAAUCUAGUAAAAAUUACGAGCUCACGUUCUCCUCCAACUAUGAGAUUUAUUUUAUUCAAGGUUAUCCCAAUGACAAAGAAAAAAAAAAUAUAUAUAUAUAUAUAAUAAAAUGCCAAAGAAAUGCUUAAUUUUAUUUGAUUAUUCUAUAUUGUUACAUUUAUCAUGAACUUUUUUAAGCUACCUAUAUUUUAAAUUAUUCAUACAUAUUCUAAUUAUUCAUGCUGUAUUUUGAAUUAUAUAAUACAAUGGGACAAUAUUUAAAUCUAUUUUUAUUUAAAUGUUAUUUUUUAAAUUAUUCCGGGAAACAUACAAACUACGAUUUUCAUUGUCGUUACGAAAGAAAGAUAUUGCCAUAAAGAAUAAAAAAUGACAGGAAUAAAAAAGUUACGUGUAAGAAAAGUAAUUCAAGUGUUUCAUCAGAAGAAUUUCUUUUUUAUUUUCUUUCUUCAAGUGAUAAUUAAAUACACGUGUAAGUAAUCUGUUGAUAAUUUUAUUUAUAGUUUAAUAUCUCGUUGCUCAAAAUUUCCAUUCGAUAAUAAUGAUGACAAUUUACCUGAAAGUUUAUCGAGUAACAAAUUUUGUAUAUUUGCUAAAUACUCAAUCAAAAUUUGUUUUUUCUUCUUUUAUAUUUUUGAAUUUUAAUGACGAAUUCGAAACUUUAAUUUCUGAUGUGCUAAAAUCAUCACAUGGUUUUGCAUAUCAAAUAAAACGUCAAAAUAUAAAUACUCUUGAUAAUAUUAAAUGAUAUUUCAUAUGUAACGUUACGAUUAGAUAAUUUGCCUUGGAAUAACGUAACACAUGGUCGUAAUAGUUUUUUUAAUAAAAUAAAUAGAAUUAAUAAUAUGGAUUAUACAAAUUUUUGUUUCUUGAGAGAACAUAAGUACUUAUUUAAAUGCAUUUUCAUAAAGAGAUAUUUUAAAUAAAUUUAAAUAAAUAAUGCAAUACGUCAAUCGUUUUAUGUUAACUAUUUUAAUGCAAUGCAAUUUGUUGAUAGUAUGAUGGUAAAUUUGCAAAAAAGAAGAAUAACUGAACGUCAUUAAGUAUUUCUUAUCUGAAUUAACAUACAAGAAGGUAUUUAAAAGAGUAUAAAGAAGAUAGUUGAGUAAUUCAUUAAGACACAUGGUUGACUGUUGAAUAUCAACUGAUAAUAAAAGUGAACCAAUGAUUAUAUAUCACUUCUGUUUCUUAAUUAAAAUCAAAAAAAAAAAAAAUUAUCGCAAGAGUGACUCAAGUUAUUUCUGAAAUCAAUUGCCUCCAAAUAUAUUAUUUAAUAUCGUUAGAACGCUCUCUGACAGUAAAAAUAAUAAUAUUAUCAUUAAUACCUAAUAUUAUCAUUAUUAUCUUAUAAAUUAUAUUACGUUGAAGUAACACAGCUAAUUCGUACAAUUAAAUAUAUAGUAAAAUAUAUUAGUAAAUAUAUUAGUAAGAAAUAUAUUCCUUCCCUCCUAGUGACGAUAUAUAAAUUAAUGGAGGAUGUUAUUAAUAUCCAAAUGAAUGUUUCAUCAACCUAUCGUAUAACAAUAAUUAAAUAUAUUAAUAUGUAUUCAUCGUAUAUUAUCUUUGAUUUUGUAAUGCAAACAAUAAUACAGGAUUAUUGUUAAAAAAUAAAGUCUAAUUUUUCAUGACAUAAUUUUUAAUUGUACAUGCGAAAAUUGAUAGAUAAAUUUUUCAACAAAAUUGAUCAAUUUCAUAGAGCAAAAAAUUUUUUUUUACUUUUCAAAUCCUCGGUACGAGUUUCAAUAAAAUAAAAUACGUGCAACAAUUUCAAAUGACGUUGAUUUAGUUUUGUCUGAAUUAAUUGAUAAUAAUUCAUUAAUUUUUGUUGAAUAUAUUUUCAAUAUAAAUCCAUUUCAAUCGAUGAAGAAUAUCGAAAUUUAUUCCAUAAAUGAUUUAGUUUACACUUGUAAUAUUCCAGCACAUAAUUAUGAAUAAUUCCAAGUGUAAACUGCUUCGUGUCAAAAAGUUCAUAAUGCCAAAGGUGUCUUGACAACAGACAUGCACACUCUACAAGGAAAAACUUCCGUGAAAGGGUUUCCGAGCAUUUGAAUAACGAUCGCCUUGGGCAGUGUUGCAUUCUUUCAUCAUACGAUGACAUUUGCAUUUUCACGAAGCUCAAUGUUUCGAGAUUUCGUCGAGUAACGUUUCCUUAAAAAAAAAAAAAAAAAAAAAAAAAAAGAAAGGAAGAAAAA